GGCGCAGACGAAAGGAAUUUUCCCGGUGAACAUCCACGGCUCUGUUAGCUGCUGUCCAGACGUGGGUCGGCGAGGGUGCCGCCUGCAGCCGUUCUCCUAACGCUCGCCCGUCGGUUUUAGCGCCCCCCAGCCCUCCCGCGAGGGCGCCCCGGGACGGAAGGGUCCACCAGCCUGCCGGCGCCCGCCGCUCUCGUGGUCGCCGUCGCCGUCGUCGUCGUGGUAGUCUCCGCCGUCGCCUGGGCCAUGGCCAAUUACAUCCACGUCCCGCCCGGCUCUCCGGAGGUGCCCAAGCUGGACGUCACGGUUCAGGAUCAGGAGGAGCAGCGCUGCCGGGAGGGGGCCCUGAGCCUCCUGCAGCACCUGCGGCCGCACUGGGACCCUCAGGAGGUGACCCUGCAGCUUUUCACAGAUGGAAUCACAAAUAAACUUAUUGGCUGCUAUGUGAGUAAUACCAUGGAAGAUGUAGUCCUGGUGCGAAUUUACGGCAAUAAGACCGAGUUGUUAGUUGAUCGAGAUGAGGAAGUGAAGAGUUUCCGAGUGUUGCAGGCUCAUGGCUGUGCGCCCCAGCUCUACUGUACCUUCAAUAACGGACUGUGCUAUGAAUUUAUACAGGGAGAAGCAUUGGAUCCAAAGCAUGUCUGCAACCCUGCUAUUUUCAGGCUGAUAGCACGCCAGCUUGCUAAAAUCCAUGCUAUCCAUGCACACAAUGGCUGGAUCCCCAAAUCUAACCUAUGGCUAAAGAUGGGGAAAUAUUUCUCUCUUAUUCCCACAGGAUUUGCAGAUGAAGACAUUAAUAAAAGGUUCCUAAGUGAUAUCCCAAGCUCCCAGAUUCUUCAGGAAGAGAUGACUUGGAUGAAGGAGAUUCUUUCCAACCUUGGCUCACCUGUUGUGCUUUGCCAUAAUGACCUAUUGUGUAAGAAUAUAAUCUACAAUGAGAAACAAGGUGAUGUACAGUUCAUUGAUUAUGAAUAUUCUGGAUACAACUACCUGGCAUAUGAUAUCGGAAAUCAUUUCAAUGAAUUUGCAGGUGUGAGUGAUGUAGAUUAUAGUCUCUAUCCAAAUAGAGAACUACAGGGCCAGUGGCUGCGUUCUUACCUUGAAGCUUACAAAGAAUAUAAGGGCUUUGGGACAGAAGUUACUGAAAAGGAGGUAGAAAUACUCUUCAUUCAAGUAAAUCAGUUUGCAUUGGCUUCUCAUUUCUUCUGGGGAUUGUGGGCUUUGAUUCAGGCCAAAUACUCUACUAUUGAGUUUGAUUUCCUUGGGUAUGCAAUUGUUCGUUUUAACCAGUACUUUAAAAUGAAGCCUGAGGUUACUGCAUUAAAAGUGCCUGAGUAAAGAGAUUUAAUUAUUCUGAAGUAGCUGAACAAUGCUUGUGAAUCUCAAGAAACUCUGAAAAGCCAAUAUUUGUUAAAGUUCUCUUCUUUAAUUUGGUUAUUUUUCCUUAUAAAUUAGGCCUCUAAACAACCGAUUUAAUUUUUAAAUACACUGAGUGAUGUCAAGAAGUAUAAUUACUGCUGUCAGUAUGUGGUGGAUUAGAAAUUUGUUAAAUCUGCAAAAAGGUAUAAAGAUGUCAGCUUAAUCCUUUCUUUGGCAAUUUAAUUCAUGUUAUAUGUGAAUUAUUUAUUGUAAGUUUAACAUGGUUCUGUGACUGCUUUCCUCUGUUUCAUCUGUUUGUUGAGUGUAAGCAAUGAAAAUUUCCAGAGAAAACUUUUAAGUUUUACUUUAGUAAGAUUAAUUUUAGUAAACAUUCUUACUUUCAGUGUGAAUUUUAUAUCUUGAUACACUGUAAGUAAAAUCAAUCAUUCACUCUUGAAAUGCCAGACACUGAUAUAUAGAUAAUAGAAUGUGCAUAGAAAAAUAUGUUUAGGAGGGUGAAAUACAUUUACUGUAUAUGCUAGUGGUGCAUCUUUUUGAAUUGAAUAUUGUGAAGUGGUUUUUUUUUUUUUUGGAAAUAUAUCUUAGAUUUAAAUUCCCUCUCCCUACAUAGUCUGGCGAUAUAAAUAUUAAUGCUUACAUAUAAUACUAGAAUAGGUAUGAUUUUAUGUUACCAAAAUCUGCAUUAAAUAAUCUGUUCAUACUCAUAUACUAAAUAUUGCCAUUUAAGUUACUAGUUUAAAAAUUUUUAUUAUAUCAAAUUGUUUCUAACCCAAAAUUUUGCUUUACUUACUGAGAUGUUCUAUGUUUUUGUUUGUUAUUAAAUAGUAGCUAGUAGAACAAUUACUAAUAUUUGAAGCAAAGAAUGUUUGUCAUACUUGGGAACAAGGAAAUGUCAUUUAGAUUAAUUGUUUUUUACCUCUCCAGAUUCAUUCCUUACAUCUUGAUUUUGUUUUAGUUUGGCUCCAUGUCCUUAGAGUGAUAGCAAAUGAUUACUUGAUAGCUAUAGGUUCAGACAAAUAAGUUGAGGCAGUUAAAAGAAUUAAAUAAGGAACAUUUAGGGUGUUGAUCUUGCACACUUGAAAUCUGACAUAACAAAAUGUGAAUUAAGCAGAAUUACUCAUCGCAGGGCUUCUGUUUGUUUUGAUUUCACUUGAUGUUGUUUAAGCAUAUUUUUCCUUUUGUUUGGGAGUCAGAGAUGGCAAUUAUUAUACAGAAGGAAGUUUGAUCUUUGGGAUAAGUAGGCCUCAAGUUUUGAAGACUGCUGUGUGGAGUUGAGCGCUCAAGGUUAACUCUACUUAGAAAAUUAGUCUGACAAGCUUUGCACUUUGGUCACAUAAGUGCCCAUGUACAAAGUUGGCUUAAUGGACCUGCAUAUUCAGAAUAUGCAACUACAAAUUUAUCCUCUGAGCAAUCUUCUGGGGAGUCUGAUGUAUUAUUCCAAAUGAUUUAUAUUCUCAGAUAAGUGCUUUAAAAUACUUGGAUUAUCUCAAGAUGUUUAAAGCUAAUAAAGUAAGUAGAAACACUUAAAGGCCAUUUUAAAUGGUAAAUUCUAGUUAUAUAAAUAGAACCUUAAAAUCUCUUUGUGUCUGUAACAGUGUUAGACCACCGUUUGUUUUCUACCUCCCCAAUGUUACAAAUGUUCACUUCUGUUUUUAUAAACCAUAUUGCUGUAGGAUUAAUAGAAUUUUACCUUAUUGAUAAAUCAAUGGAACCAAUUAAACAAUUAAUACCUUUUUAUAUAAUGUUAGUGUGAACUGGAAAAUUGUUUUUGGUGGAAUUUUCAUCUGUGAUAGGAACAUUCUCUUAGAAUGAUGAAGGAUAUAUAAUGCUUUGAUUUUUUUUUUUCGAAUUCUUAAACUGCAACAGUAUAUAUUUUGGAGAACUAGGGGAGAGAAGAUCAUUUUUCUACCUUACUCCAUAUUCUUUAAAUUGGUUGGAAUAGCAAUUCACUGAGCCUUUACUGGUAGACCGUGCAUAACUUAGUGUGAUCCUAUUGUGAACAUUUCCGAGAGAUUAAUACAGAAGUGAAUGUAAAAGGGAAUGAUGCUCUUACUUAAGUCCUAGACAUAUGCAGAGAAUCUUGGGAACAAAAUAAAAUACUUAAAUAUUUCCCCCACUUCUGGGCUAGAUUUUGGGUGGUAUGAUGCUCCCACUUCCUGUACAGGUUUUUGGGAUCAUGUUGCAGACUAAUUAUAAGAUUCAAAAUUGCUUCCCUUUUAAUAGCGCAUUUAAAGGAUUCUAAAGAGAAAACAUCUGUCUAAAACUUGUCCUGUGGCUUGUUGAGAUGUCUGUUGCCUUUUUUAAGUUAAGCUAAGGAACUUGAAUGCCUUACCUAAUAACUAGUAGUAAGCUUAUUUUAUAAAUAUGAAAAUGGUUGUUAGAGAAGUGGCAUUCAUGUAGACUCAUUGUUAGUCAAUAGACCAUAGUGGCCUGGAUGCUUGAACAAGCAAAAUUCCACUUUUUUUUCUCUUUACUUACUUUUUUUCCUUAUAUACUUGUAUGAUCUUACCUGACUAGUAAUAUGUGAUUUUUUUUUUCCCUCCUGACCCCAUGCCCAUACUACCAUUAGAUGUGGUAGUAAAUCAUACUGUUCACAUGAUCAUUUGAGAUCAAUAUGAGCACAAAACUCAUCAACUAGGUCUGCCUGGAAUGUAUAUAAGACAGUGUAAAUAAAAAUUUGUAAAAUAGUGUGAAUUGUAUCUUGCAUAUGAGAUUGUGUAUGGUUUUGCAGUCUCUUCCCUUUUGUAGAAAUUUUCUGUAAGGAAAUGAUCAGCUCGUUGGUUUUAGACUGGAAAUAGCCAACAAUUCUGGAUGCACAGUGGGAUAACGAGGAACUGGAAAUAGGGUUUAUGAGUUUUUGUAACUACAUUUAUUUAUUUAGCUUCUCAGUGCCUAAUACUAUUUUUCUUUAUUCUUUAGUUUUUGGGGGUUAGAUUCCUGCAAACAGUAAAUCAGUAUACUGUUAGAGCUCCAUUCUUUGAGUCAUGAUCCUAAGCUAAAGCAAAUUAAAAAUACAAUUUGGUGGUUGCAAACUGAAGUAUUAUCCUUUCAUAUUUUCAAGGUUGCUAACUUUCCUACAAAAAUUCUUGAAAUUUUAUACAUCUCAAUGUGAAUAUAAAUCUCAUUGAAAAGAGAUAGGAUAAAUAGUAGCUCUUAGUUCAACUUAAGCAUAUCUCAGUUGGCUUCUCUAAAUAAAAAGUUCAUUAUGGGAUUGUAAAAGAAAAGAUAUAAGUACUCUUGUUGACUGCCAUUUCCAUUUCUGUUGGACUAACUUAACUUCAUAAACAUAGUACUGUAUCUCCCAGAUGUAGAGGAAAAAAGUUCCCCAAACAUUCUCAAUUAAAAGUUAAAAACCUCUACUUUAGAAAGUAUGUUCUUUUUUUAACAGUACACAAAGCCUCUGUACCAUUUUGGAAUUCUUUUGUAAUAUAAAUGAGAAUAGUAUCAUUUGAUUUUUUGCUUUAAAUUGCUUUUAAUAAGCAUUUUAUACUGCAUUCCAAAGUGAUAUACACUUAAGCUUUUAAUAUUAAGCAGUCAUUCAGUUGAUAGACAAAGUUACCAAUGCUUUAUGCUAGGAGGAGAGCUUGUUACUAGCAACAACUUGCACUACUUGACACAAAGGGCAAGCGCUAGUAAUUGUGCAUAGAGGAAAAUGAAUUACGAGUAUGUGGUACGGCAGCUUUACCUUUUUCAAAAUUGAUUUGCUGUGAUCUUUCUUUGUUGGUUAGAUUUUAGAAUGUCCUUUGGCUGGAAACUUAGUUACAUAUUAAGGCAAUCUACUUUGUCCCCCUUUUUAAAGAAAGACAUCAGUUUUGUUGAACAGCUGUUUUUUCCUAUUACAUAACACGUGUGUGAUUACAGUGUUAUGUCUUGGGUUUGAUAUCUUUGGACAGAAAAGUGCAUUAUUUUAAACGAAUUUUUUCCCCACUGUUGAUGCUUAACUGCAAAUGUAAAAUGUUUAUUUGCUGUGAAAUUAAAAUGCAUGAGUUUGCAUUACUUGAAUACUUGAAAACUGAUAUUAAUAAGAUGUAUUACAUAAUGAAUUUACUUUCUGAACACAGUUUUUAACACUAAAAAUUUUCAUUUCUGGAUUGAAAUUUGAAAUGGACUGAAGAUUUCAGUUAUUUGAAUGGAAAAAAAGUAAUGAUCAUAGUCACAGAAAAAUACCCUUUUGUGUCUGAAUUAUCCAAAAUCUAACUUGUUGGUAGGUUUCUCUCCCAAAAUCUGCUUUCUCUUCUUUCCUAUACUUAAUGCCCUUACUAGCUACUGAUACUAUCAAACAGCAGGUUGAAAUAAAAUUUGUUUUCUUUAUGAAUCCUGUAGCUUUUCUAGUUAUAAAAAAAAGUUCUGUAAAAUACUCUUAGUUCUGAAAUGUAGGCAUAGUUUUUGUUUACAUCUGUAACAUCAAUGGUAUAAAUAUUAACCAUUUUAACAAAACACAAGAUGCUUAUAAAAACUGAAAACAUUACAUAUUGUAUGUGAAAUAGUGAUGGGUAAGAAAAAGCUGGUUGAUUUGUUGAAUUGUUCCAUUAAUUUUAAAACUCUUAAAGAAGGAACUUUCAGAGAUAGGUUGAGACCUAAUGGUAUCCAUGUAGACUAGCUCCUGUGAUCUGGAAAAGACCCCAAAAAGGGAGUGGAGGAGAUGAAAGUAUUUACUUGCCAUGUUUGUGGUGUGCUGUUACUUAAAUUUAGGCAGUGACACACUAAAAUUUUUAUUGCCCAAUAUUCUGAAGAAGUUUCUUGUAAUUUAUCUGUACCUAAGGGAACUAUAAAUUAGUGGAGUCUGCAAAGAGGAAGUUUUCUGACUGUACUGUAUUUAGGAGCCAGCUGUGUGAAUUUCCCUGAUAAGAAGUAUUUGAAUUUGAAAUAAACUAUUGGUAUAAGGAAGAAGAUGGCAUUAUUCCCUGUUCUUAAGUGAUAAUUUCCUUACUCAUUUUCAGAAGAAAAACAUAAUUGUCAUUGCAUUAGCUGUCUGAUGAAUUGGGAAAUUGUGGCAUAAACCUUAAAUCUGUGUUUAUCACAUGUGAGCCACAGUAGUAUAAUGCUGCUUUGUAUAUACUGUAAGUGCUACAAAUAGUCUCAGCACUGAAAAUGUAUUGAUACCUCUCAAAUGAAUGCAACUUUUGAUGUAGGUGUUUUGAUAUGCCUCAAAGUAUCUGAGUGUCUGAGAAUUUGUUAACUGUUUGAAAAUGAAGAUACUUCCUGGUUUUUUUCAUACUUUCAUGUUUAAAAUUUAGUUUUUACAUUUUUGCUACUGUUAAUUUAAGUAAAAUUUGUUCUGUGGAUAAAGUGGGGUUGCCAGUGAAGUAAAUUAAGAACAGCCUCAUUCAUGUAGCUUAAGUAAAAAUACAUUUUUGCUGUAUGUUCAUAAACUUUUAAUGAAGCUUUUUGUAUUUCUGUUUAAAUAUAAGUGAUGUUUAGGCUUUAUUUCUGUUUAAGGCCUUUUACCAUUGAUUAAAUGAAGGAAUGUAUCUUUUUGAGAAGAUUUAUAUUCUGUAAAUAAAAAUUGGUUGUAACAAUAAAGUUGGGAUCUAACUGCA